ACAGUAUGGCGGCGGAAGUUUGACGUUGAUUGCAGGACAUGGGUUGACAUUUAGGACACUCCAGUUACUUUCCAGAUAGUGGUGGGAGAAAUAUGAAGCCAGUGGCAGAGUAACCUGAUGUAUUAUAUCUGAGAGCAUAAGCCGACACCCCUCGAGACAAGAUGGUGAGCAUAUUGGACUGGUCCAAGUUCUCACGACUCCAAGAAGCCCCCAAGACAAAAAAGACAAGCUCUGCCCAGAGAUACAGAAAGCAACAAGAAAAGGAAAUCAUUAAACAGGCAGAGCAGCAUGGUUACUUCCUCAAUCCCACAGAGAGUUACCUCGUGGACAAAUGUGCGAGCGUCACCGAGCAAGUGCCUCAGAAGUUCACCUUUGUACAGACAAAGGUGACAGUACCUAAUGCCGACAAGCUGUCAAGGAUGGCUCUUGUCAAACUGACAAACCUCCGCCUAAGGACGCUCGGGGACAUAUCAUUCUGUACAAAUCUGCAGAUCUGCAUUCUCCAUAGUAACUUUCUGGACAAGUUUGAUGCCCUGGCUGCCUGUCGUCAGUUGGUCAAAUUGGAUCUCCACAGCAAUCAGAUAACAUCAAUUCCUGGAGUGGCGUUUUGGUCAAGCAUGAAAAAACUUCAGUUCUUACAUCUCCAUGACAACCCCCUGGGGCAGUUAGAAAUCUUGAACAGCUUGGCAGCUUGCCCCAACCUGCUAGCACUGACUAUGUACAACACCCCCGUCAGCCUGAAGAAGAACUACCGUCAUCACGUGGUCAACAGUAUAUUGAGUCUAAAGGCCCUGGAUCGCUUCGUCAUUUCCGAUGAGGAGAUUAUUGAGGAUGCAGAAUUUCGUGUUAAGUUUACAGCGAUGCACCCGGCAUUACGGAUAGAGCUGUGUCCUCUUACUCCACAGAAUUCCACGUACUGUGAUGAGAGAGGGAGUCUGUUUGGUGUAUUGGCACACCUAAACACAAUCCAGGCUCAUCAGUCCCCAGUGUUGAUCAUUCAGAGAUACAUCCGAGGCUUUUUAGCGAGGAAAUACUUGUCAAACCUUCAUUCACGGAUGUACUUUCCACGCAAGUCGCCUUCAUACUUGGACGAAGGACAAUUUCAUGAGCCCCCUCCCCCGAACUCCCCCACGGUGGGUAUUACCAUACCAACAGACCACAGCAUCGAGGUAACACCGCUAGACUUUGAUCAGUACCUGAAGCAAAGGGGCCAAGCCUCCAGUGUUAAUGGCUCUGUGACCCCACUGUCAUCGUGCAGACAACAAAUACUGGAUUCCAUCCCUACGGAUGUGUUGUUUGAUCCUUAUGACAACAAAAUUAUGCAGAGCUUCAGGAAAAAUAAGCUACUGAUUGACUUAUCCAAACUAGAAUCAAACACUCUCCAAGCCUUGGGUGAGCCCCCGCUUACACCUGUGUCCGUUGUACCUGAACAAACCCAGGAGGAAGUCAGGCUGAAAAGACACAAAACGAGAACACCAAAACCACAAAAACCCAAAGAGAAAACCCAGAGAGUCAAAGAUGUGAAGCAGUUUUUCGGUCCCGUCGUCAAAACAUCUCCGGAGGUUUGCAUCCCAGCAGAGAAUGUGUUAGAUGAUGAACUGCCACUGACACAGUUUCGCCUAAAGGGUUUUAAGCCACACCUCCUUGUCCUUGAUCCAACGACAGAGAUGAUGCUGUCACGUCGUGACGCUGGCCGCGACAUCCGCCAUGCAGAGGUUGAACAUCACCAUAAAUUGAUGGCCAAACCUAAACCACGCCUUCUGCCGCAAAAGCGUGUGACUGACGAUCAGCGUUUGUUUGCGAGAGUGCACGGAACAAUGAGCAUGUCAUGCAUGUUUGCAGUGCAGCAGGCCUAUAAAGAUCGCAACCGUUCCGAGCGUGCCACAGCCAAAAUGGAGUACAUAAUCAGCAUGAAGGAGGAGCGGGAUAGAGCGAAGCAAAGAAUUCGUCUGUACCGUGAAGACAAGCGCAACGCAACGCUUAAAGAACGUGAGAGGGACAAGCUCAAGAUUAUUGAUUCUUUAGAGCGACGAGAACUUCAUCGUAUACAAUAUUUAGAAAAAAGAAACGAAUCUAGAAACAAGUCUGGUGAAGCUGCCAAACACCAAAAAGCUGAUCGGAAUUUUAUUUCAGACUUCACUCAUCAGCACACAUCUGUUAGCAAUGCUCUGAUGCGCCAUGACAGGCAGACACUGGUGGAUGACAAAAAACGGUCCAAGCAGGACACAGUACAGGGCCAUAAAACCCUUGAAAAAUCUCAGCGUGAUACAGUUAAAAAAUACCUGGAGCAUCGCCAGCUAAUGAGACAAACGGAGUCUGCCAUGAUGCGUGCGACGCUGGACACCAGAAUUCUUCAGGACGCCAAUGAGCGCAUCCUGGAGGCAAAGUCACGCGUUGCCCACCUCAAGGCACGAGAAGCCACGGUCCAUGCGUUUUAUCCCUUACCGAGGGUCCACUCAGGCCAUGUGACUGGUUCUGCUCCUAAUGAUGGGAAGCCCCAGCUGUCCCGCUGGAAGACCUCACUUACCACAGAUGGCAGGAUCCAAGGGACUGUGUAGAGGGGACAAAAUUGCCACCAGCCAUCCUCAUGACAUUAAAACCAAUAACUGUGUGCUUUAUCUUCAAACCUGAUAAUACAGAAAGAUUUCCUUUUCCUUCCAUAUGAGUGAUAAUAUUACUUACAUAUGUUCUUUUUAUUAUGAUAAAACAAACCUUUUAGACAUGUGAUUCAGUUGUCAGUUCAUGUACACCUGCCUAGAUUGAUAUACCACAGGACAUGUUAUAGGAAGAGUUUUCUUGACCUUUGAUAUGCAAAUCUGUGUUUUGUGCAUGAUAGUUUUUGCAUAUAUUUUAAACAAACCAGCUUGAUACAAAGAUAGUUUUAGAUCAUUGAUACACUGUGGUACAGUAAAAAUAUAACUGUCCAUGUGCGAUGUAACUCUGGAUGUGAUAUGGUAUCAGUUUGUGACAUUCUUACAAAUAUUUGAUGCACAUAUGUGAUACAAACUAAAAACGAUUGUACAUACACCAAAUUCCCUCAAACUGCAUUUGUCAUGGUUGCUGCUCAAAUCAGACUGUGAUUUAACAUUGAACUAUUUUGGAAUGCAUAUGAUAUACGAUUCUUAACCUCUGAUGCAAAUGUCCAAACAUGCCAAAAAUAUGUGUCACUGUAGCACUUGUGUUACAGUAAUAGUGAAUGUCACACAAAUUAAAACUUUGGGAUUUUUUUUUUUCAAUGUUGUCAGAGGUUAUAAAAAUAAAUGUAAACUUGACAAAUCACUUUGUGAGAAAUGUGGUCUAGCUAUCUCAGCAGUGCUUCCUGUUGAAGACAUUGACAUGAUGGGAGAGCCUUGAAAAAACAUGAAAAUCAUAAAAAUAUAAAGAUAGUGGGUUUUCCAUUUUCUUUCUUGCGUUAUUAUUAUUAUGUGUUUUUGGUUUGAUGUUUAACAGCUUAAUUAAUCUGAAUCUUCAAUGACUGAUAAAGGAGAUCCAGAAUGGUUCUGUAGUGACAGUAUUUGUAAUUGUGAACAGCAUGUCUUUAACCUCAUGUGUGACCAAAGUAGAAUUUAUUGUUAGUCUCCUCCCACCAUUCUGUAGUGACAGUAUUUGUAAUUGUGAACAGCAUGUCUCUAACUUCAUGUGUGACCAAAGUAGAAUUUAUUGUUGGUCUCCUCCCACCAUUCUGUAGUGACAGUAUUUGUAAUUGUGAACAGCAUGUCUCUAACUUCAUGUGUGACCAAAGUAGAAUUUAUUGUUGGUCUCCUCCCACCAUUCUGUAGUGACAGUAUUUGUAAUUGUGAACAGCAUGUCUCUAACUUCAUGUGUGACCAAAGUAGAAUUUAUUGUUGGUCUCCUCCCACCAUUCUGUAGUGACAGUAUUUGUAAUUGUGAACAGCAUGUCUCUAACUUCAUGUGUGAACGAAGUUGAAUUUAUUGUUGGUCUCCUCCCACCAUUCUGUAGUGACAGUAUUUGUAAUUGUGAACAGCAUGUCUUUAACUUCAUGUGUGACCAAAGUAGAAUUUAUUGUUGGUCUCCUCCCACCAUUCUGUAGUGAUAGUAUUUGUAAUUGUGAACAGCAUGUCUCUAACUU